CGGGAAUCCGAUCCUCAGCCGCACACGUUGAAUCCUCGGUUAAGGAAAAUAGAAAAAUCAGCCUGUGCGCCACCGCACAAUUGCGUAAAUAUUAAGCAGGAAUCGAGCCCUUUUCGAUUACUAUAUAGAUACGAGUUGAGAAAGUAGUUAUAGAGAGAAAUUGAAACCCCUAUUGAGUUUUGGUAUUAAGGAGGCGAUCAAUGGUGGUGGGUGCGAAUUCGCAAGCUCAAGUUGUUCCGAGAGGUCGGAGACCUGAUGCACAUGGAGGUUUCCAUGUCCUUCCGGAUGAAAUUGUUUGUUCGAUACUGACUUUGAUCUCACCUCGUGAUGUCGCUCGUCUUGCUUGUGCUAGCAGUGUGAUGUAUAUCCUCUACAAUGAAGAACCUUUGUGGAUGAACUUAUGCCUUAAUAAUGAAAAUCGUGAGCUUCAGUACAAAGGAUCCUGGAAGAGGACAACACUUCAUAGAGACCACCUUUUAGAUGGCUUAUCAUUGGACCAGAGAGAUCUGGUGCAUCUUGGCAUGUUGACCCUGCUCUUACCAGUGCUUGGAAUACUCUUUUGUGUGGGCGUAAAAGUUUGUGAUGAUGAAGGUACAGGUAAAUCUACGGGUAAAUCUGUUGACAUUAGUGAUGAUGAGGGAAAAAAAUUUAAUGUUGAAAAGUGCUCAUGGCCUUUGCAAAUCAAAGGUCAAAAUUUGUCAAGGAAAGGCAAGAUGACAUUGGAGGAAGCUAUUGCCGAUUCUCAAAAGUUGACUGAUUUCAUGUUAGACUUCGAUCAAGAUAACGAUCUUCCAAUGUAA